UGCUUUUUCUCAAAACCUCCAAAACACAAGACAUGGCCAGCUAACACAUUACGCAUGCGCAGUACUCGGCGCUUUAAAACAAGUCUUGAGGAGGGAACACGAAGGCAAAUGCAGGUGGACUUGAAUUGUAGUCGCGGGUAGCAGCCGUUGAGCUCGCUAGCUGUGGUUGGAAACGCAGCGUCGAGGCGUUGCAGGAUGAAAAGUCGUUGUGCUCGCCAUGACUCUGAGAUCCACAUUGUUUCCAAAGACAGGACUCAGGAAGAAGGCUGACAUAGUGGACUUGGGCAAAACGCACACGGGGGCCGCCACGGUGAGUCCCGUGAGCUUCAAGAGGGACCCCUGCGAUUUCAUUGUAGAUGUUAAAGACCUGCAGAAGGGCGAGAUCCCGAGCAAAUCCAAUGAUUUAGACCAGAAGUACAUGACAAGUAAAGUUCCCCUCGUUGCCACGGUUGCAGAAGUAGUAAAAGGAGACAAAAAAACUGUGGGGAUAUUGUCCCCUGUGAGACCAAUGGGGGGUGAGGGAACCCCAGUGAAAGGUAAACCCCUCUCUGUUGACAACAUGGAAAACUCUCAAAUGGCUGUAAAGAACAACCCAAAGGAUGCUGGUGGAGAUGACAGUGCAAAGGGGAUUGGCCCUGGAGUCCUGGGCACUGCAUCCAUUGAACUUUCAUCUGAGGGCAAGUGGAGGAACAUCAGAAAAGCACCUGCCAAUCCACAUGCACAGGCCAACUGCCUCCGACAGAUUGUUCUCCUGCAACUGGACCUCAUUGAGCAACAGCAACAACAGCUGCAGUCCAAAGACAAGGAGAUAGAUGACCUCAAGGCAGACAAGGAAACACUUCUUGCUCGCAUUGAGCGCAUGGAGCGACGUCUGCAGCUAACAAGGAAAGACACGCCGCGUGACAAGCGCCUUUUCCAGCCCCUGGAGCCAUGGACCCCUGACAAAGAGGACAUGUGGGAUUUGGACAUAGAGGAGAGUCCACAGUCAAACCAAGCCACCCCACUCCCCUUUAGUCGGGGUGGCAAAGGCCAAAAGAGGAAAUCUUGCUUUGGAGAUGCAAAAGUCCAAAAAUCACGGGGGAAGAGUGUCAAGCUUAGCCCCCAGAAACCUGAGAUUCAGCCUGGUUCUCCCAGUCAGAGAGAGCUGCGCAGUAAGGAAACCCCAGAGAAAUGUAUGCCUCUGAGGUCAGGGCCAGAAAGAGACAUGUUGCUCCCCUGUAAAGAGGAGCCUGAACUGAGCUGUCAGAUGGAAGAUCUUCCCUUCAUGUCUACCACAGAGAUGUAUCUAUGUUGCUGGAACCAACCACCUUUGUCCCCUCUGCGUGAGACUUCCCCUAAAAAGGAGGAAGAGGUGGCCAGUGAGUGGACUCCUCAUGUAGUACAUGAUAUGCUGAUUGUUUUUCCUUCCUGGAGGGAAAAUUACAUAGAGCCGUUGGACGAAGAUGAUGACGACUCCUUUAACCCGCCUGAGCCUCUGGAUGAUAGUGUGUUUUUGAAACGCCAUUCAAAGCUCGAGUUGGAUGAGAAGAGGAGGAAAAGGUGGGACAUUCAGCGAAUCAGAGAGCAGCGCAUGUUUCAGCGUUUGCAGCAACGCAUGAACAGAAAGAAAGUGGUCCAGGAGACUGAGCCGGAGCUUUCCUCCUUCUACCCUGAUACUGAAGAUGUUGAAACAAUAGUGAUCACUCCAUUUUUGCCCGUGGUUGCAUUUGGUCGUCCGCUGCCCAAGCUUACACAAGAGAAUUUUGAGCUGCCUUGGCUUGACGACCGGAGCAGAUGUCGCAUCGAGGUGCCCAAAAAACACACCCCUCAUCGGACCUGUCGGAAGUGAAACCCAUGUGGAGCUAACAGCAGAGAGAUGCAGCUACACGCCCAGAUCAGAAAACGCUCCAUUUGUCAUGUCUGGGGGGGGAGAACGUCACUGGUCGCUGUGUAAAUGCUGUUGCUUUGAGACUGUGGGAGUGCAAAUGACUCUCCAGCCUCAAAAUGUCACCGCAGCACAGCUGUUCUCCUGCAGAAUAUUGGAAAAGGCGAAAGCUGCACCAUUGGUUGUUCUUGAUAUUUUUAAUCUCAUUUACACCUUUGGAAUACAGGACUAUAUGUUUGAUGCUGCAAGGUUACAGCCCAAGUUCUAAACUACACAUCAGUUGUAUCUAAAACAAUGCACCAAGGAUUAUUUGCAUGUUCUGUAACAUGACCAUGACUAAUACAUUUAUUUGGCGCUUGUUCGUGUAAAACUGAUUUUAUUACUCAAAAGUGGACUCUCAGUUUUUAUGCAUUGACAGGAUUAGCUGUCUAAUGUUGAGGGCAUUGCGAGCGACACAGUGACAGCUUUUUGAGUCCUUCUCCCUGCAUAAGUGGGAGAAAAAUAAUAAAUCUGACUGUAACGUGCCGUGUAUUGGCCUCUGCUAUUGUUGUUCGCACAUUUUUAUUAGCGUUAAUGUGAAGAGUUCUGAGCAGCACUCGGCAUGAUUUCUUAUUAAGAAUCUGUUUUUGAAUCAGUCCAGUAUGUUCAAGGGUUUGCUUCAUUAUAAACAGGAUGGAAAUUUAAAAAGUGGACGUUAAACACAGUAUUACUGUUCCCAGUUUUUUUAUUCAUUUCUAUGCUAUGUGAGUUGCAUGGACUGUAUCAAAAAACAUGGUAGCAUGGCUUAGCCUCAGACCGAGGUAAUCUCUGCUCACCGUGCAAGAAUCUACAAAAUAUUACUGUUGACAGCAUGGCGUUUGGCUGUGGCGUGCAGUCUGAACAUCUGAUAAUAACCAUCCUAAUAUCCAAUCCUGUGUGUCCAGUUACACAUGCGCUUAUAAUCCGGUAACUAUUAGACACUUUGUCUGUAUGCAUUGGUCCCUCCAGGUUGCACUAUCUGCCAUUGACGGGGGCCAUUGUAGAUGAAUAAGCUUCGUAGCUGUAGUUUUAGCGCUGUUUAACAUGCUGCCAGGCAACCGCCUCCUCUCUGACUCCAUCUCAGCUGCAGCCGUUUGAGUUCCGCCGUACCUUCCUCGCUGUAGUCGCGUUACCUGUCUUACAUUUGAUGCAAUGGCUUUCUGCAGCUUCAGGCGUACAGUACGUUUGUGUGAGCAGAGUUUGGAAAUACAACCUUUUCUUUUGUGUACAUAGCUUUCAGAAACAAAUGUACAUAAAACAUGUCUGUUAUUUUUUUAUUAUUUAAUGUUGGAAGUGUUGAUUACAUUCAAUAUUGUUCUAUGAUUGUAUGUUGACAAAUUGACAGUUUUGAAAGUAGCAUUUUUUUGGAAUAAAAUUAACGUCUAUGGUAUGUUA